CUGCCCCCGCGGGAGGCGGCGCGCAGGAAGGGCAAGGGGCGGCGGGGCCGCGGCAAGGCCCGCAGCGAGGGGCUGCUCAGCAAGCAGAAGAAGAGCCGGCGCAUGAAGGCCAACGACCGGGAGAGGAACCGCAUGCACCACCUCAACUCCGCCCUGGACGCGCUCCGCAGCGUCCUGCCCACCUUCCCCGACGACGCCAAGCUCACCAAGAUCGAGACGCUCCGCUUCGCCCACAACUACAUCUGGGCGCUCACGCAGAGCCUCCGCCUGGCCGAGCAGAGCCUGCCCGAGCCCCCGCCGCCGCCCGCCGCCGCCUCCCCCGGAGCCUGGGGCGGCAGGGAGCCCUGCCUGGAGGCGCUGUGCCUAGGGUCAGUGAAAAUGAUGGAAAACGGGUUCCCGUGGGGUGGCCGGGCCUUUCCCACCGCGUUCGCGGCAGGCGAUGCCCGGGUCGCCUCGGCCGGCGGAGCCGCUCCGGAGCCCGGCGAGGAGGAGCCGCAGGAGCCCGGCUCGCACGGAGCGCCCGGGGCAGGUGCAGCGGAGAAGCGCCAUAUGUUAAACGGCCUCGAGGAGCCUUUCAAGCCUCAGUUGUAA